GCGAAGAUGUGGAGACUUCGAAACCUGCUCUUCACCCUCUGCAUUGCUCUGGGAUGUGUGACCAGUGCAGGAGGGGUGAUACUUGUGACUGGAUAUGUGGGGGGGAAGGUAAAUGUUUCCUGCACGUAUGGUCACGGUUAUGAGUCUUAUGAGAAGUACCUGUGUAAGGAUGUCUGUGGUGACAAUGAUGUUCUUAUUACAACAUCACAACAAAAAAACCCCAAAUACUCAGCCUGUGAUGACAAAAAGGCACGAACCUUCACAGUGACCGUCUCUGAUCUUACAUCUGAGGACGCUGGGAAAUACUGGUGUGGAGUGACCAGAACGGGACAAGAUAUCUACACUGAAGUGAAGCUGAAAUUAGCACCAGACAGCUGCUGUAACACUGUGACCAUAAUCCAAAGUUAUGAGGGAUAUUCAGGGGACAUCAUUUGUUCGUAUGAGCCUCGGUACCAGAACUACCUCAAGUACAUCUGCAGAGGAAAGCGGUCCUCCACGUGUCUGCAACAGGCACUAAUCACCUCUGACAACAAACAAAAUGGUAGAAUCAAAUUUAAUGAUGAUAAGAGGUCAGGAAAAUUCACAAUGACCAUCACCAGUUUGGCCCAAAGUGAUUCAGGAACAUACCUCUGUGGUGUCCAAAAAAACUCUGUCCUGGAUGUUUUUUCUGCUGUUGAACUGAACGUCAAAGAGUGGUGCUGUGUCAAGUCAAAAACAGCAAGUGGGACUGCAGGAUAUCCACUAACAUUUCAGUGCCCUUAUCCUUCACAACAUUAUGAUAAUAGCAAGUUUCUCUGCAAAGGAGACCACCGCAACAAUUGUACAAAUGUGACGAGUCAAAGCAGAUUCACAGUGCAAGAUGAUGGUUUUUCCCACUUUUUCUUGGUGAUUAUCGCAGAGCUGGAAACAGCUGAUGCUGGGACAUACUGGUGUGGGUCAGACUCACAGUGGAGAGUUGAAAACUACACUAAGGUUGAGCUGUCAGUGGGUAAGGUGAACAACCAUUUACAUGACAGCAAAAUUAAUAGAGCUGAAAGUUCCAUCUUUGUUUGGACCCCACUAAACAUGGGACUGUGGUUUAUGGUUUAGUUAUCUGACAUGAUCAAAUAAUUGCAAAACCAGCAGCACCGUGCGUCACACAAUUUGCAAGCAAUCUGCCAAAAUUAGGACUACUGAGAACACCACUUACUUAUACUUAGACAUAUCACUUCCCAAAUCUUUUGCUGGCUUCAGUGUGUGUGUGUGUGUGUGUGUGUGUGUGUGUGUGUGUGUGUGUG